AUGCGGCAAUGCGGCAUUCAUGGAAGGGAUGCAGUCUUUUAUGAGGCUCUUAAGAUUUAUGUAUCAUCGUUGGUAAACGUAGUAUCACUGUGUACUACACUGCGGGUGUUAGAUUUAACGGAUUCUGGUUUCCCUCUUGAUAAAAUUUGGGCAGCAUUGAAGUAUGGUGGCCUUCAAAUCGAAAAGUUAUGCCUUGGUGGGUGCCAUGUUGGGAGAAAAUCAACAGAUUGCAGUCAGGUGAUCAUUCUUCACUUUCCGAUAGAAUCCUUAUGUUUGUUCUCCUUGUACUACUUUACUUAUUUUUUCCUUACUGCCCCUAAAACUGUUGCUCUAAAGCCUUUUCACUUGGACAUCAGUGCAACUUGUGAGAAAUCCUGCAGCUCAGUAUUGGAAGCGUGUUUGGCGGGAGUGCAAUGCCGUAGUCUUUCUCUUAGAGACAACAAUCUGGAAGGUGAAAUGCAGGGGGUGAUACAUGCUCUCGGAAACAUCAAAACAUUGCGUCGACUUGAUAUUGGAGGUGCUAAUCUGUUGGCGCUACGCAGAUCUUCAAAACAAGUUCAUGCUGCAUUAAUCAGUAAAACCAUACUCGAUGUUGUAAAGCUCUUUUCAGACGAUUCGCCGCUCGAAGAAUUAUUUUUGUCGGAUGCUCGUCUUGGCCCUCAUCUCAGUGUACUCUUAAACACACUUGGAGCAGCAACUUCUUUACGAUUUCUUGACAUCUCAAACAACGAUUUGGGACACUUCGGAGCUAGGAUUCUUUCAAAAGCACUGGAACUGAACACCUCUUUGCGCUCCAUCGUAAUCGACAACAAUCAUCUCGGUGUGGAGGGUCUCUGUGAUCUGGCAACUGCUCUCAAUAUAAAUAGGACGAUCACUUCUAUCUCGUAUCCUGUGCAGGAUGUAUGCGAAUGUUUAACUAGAGCAGGAUGUGACCGUUCAAGAAUAUUGGGUGCUAUGACUUUGAUUGAAUCUUGUUUGGAACGAAAUCGGCAACCUAGCAACGCUGAUACUGCGAACUUCCGAAUUACUGCCGGGGUUAGUCUGCUUUUUAAUGUGACUACAGCUGUGUAG